AUGGGGCGUUCCAAGCUUCUCAUCUGGCUCGCGCUCUCUCUGGUUGUGUCCCUCGCGCUCGCGCCGCUCUGCCGCGCGGAUGAGAUCGUCGCGGAAGACGAUGCCGCUUUCGACGCCGACGCUGAAGACCCCACUGAAAUUUCUGCCGCGUCGGAGCCUGGUUUCCUGAGCAAGCUGUUCGGCGGAAGCAGGCGUUUCCUGUGGUCUCCCCAGGCGCACCGCAUGCUGCACAGCUGCAAGCAGAAGUGCGAGAAGACGAACAAGAAGUGCAACACGGACUACAGCAAGUGCAAGCGCAAGUACAAGGACGACAAGGAGGAGCACGAGGAGUGCACCGACGACUACAAGAAGUGCAAGCACAAGGCCAAGAAGUGCAGGUCCAAGUGCGACUAG